GAUUUGGAAGGAGGUCGAGCAGCAGAGAGACUCAUUCACUGAGGAAUACUGAGGACAAUGAUCCCAGGAUACACUACUACAGAGGACAUACUAGAUACACUAUGUUCCCGUACUGCGGCCUGUUAUUCCGUCACCAGGGCUGGCCUCUGUGUCUCCACGACAAGGUGAUCAUCCAUCUCUCUCCUCUGGACCCACGUGUCCUCCGCCCCGGGGACUUCUACCUGCAGGUGGCAGCGCCCUCUGUCUCCCCCAGCUCCUCCUCCACCAACACCCCCAGCCCACCCUGUCUCAUCCUGCGCUGUCUAGCCUCCAGUGGGCAGCAUGUAGAGGAGGUAAAGUUACCAGAGCUAGCCUACACCUCCCUGUUCACCAUGGCCUGGCUCCACUCAGUCAACAGGGAACGGAGUGGAGCAGGAACUGAGACAGGGUCUGGGACAGGGUCUGGGACAGGGUCUGGGACAGGGUCUGGGAGGACAGGGUCGGGGAGGACAGGGUCGGGGAGGACACUGUCCUACUGCCUCCUUUCUGCAGAGAACGACAUCUUCAGAGUACCCUGGGAGGAUGUAGUACACCCUCAGUUCAUUAACAGACCCACGGCGAUGGUCCCUACCAAGGGAGAAGGGGACGGGGGGAGGGAACAGGACGUCUUCAAGCCUUCGGAUAGGGCCAGACGCAUUUUGAUUGACACAUCCAAGGCCCAAUGUGGAGAGAGUACGGAGGUGAAGCUCCUCCCACGGUUGAGACAGCCUAUCGAGAGCAGGGACGAUGGGAAAGGUGUUGACAUGGCAGCGGAGGAGGACUCGGACGCCGAGGAGACAACCCCCUCCCAGCCCUGUCAUGCCCCGGUGAAAAGCAGCACUCUCUCCCAGUCCAUGGUGUGUUCCAGACUCAUCGAGGAAUACCUGAACAACGACGUGUUUUCCCCUGUCGUCCUCACGCCUACGGCCCCCACCUCCCCAACGGCCCCCAUGGGCCCCAUGGCCCCCACCUCCCCUAUGGCCCCCACCUCCCCUAUGGCCCCCACGGGCCCCAUGGCCACCACCUCCCCCUACGGCCCCCACCUCCCCUACGGCCCCCACGGGCCCCAUGGCCAGCACCUCCCCUACGGCCCCCAUGGGCCCCAUGGCCCCCACCUCCCCUACGGCCCCCACCUCCCCUACGGCCCCCACGGGCCCCAUGGCCCCCACCUCCCCUACGGCCCCCACCUCCCUUACGGCCCCCACGGGCCCCAUGGCCACCACCUCCCCUACGGCCCCCACGGGCCCCAUGGCCCCCACCUCCCCUAUGGCCCCCAUGGGCCCCAUGGCCCCCACCUCCCCUAUGGCCCCCACCUCCCCUAUGGCCCCCACCUCCCCUACGGCCCCCACCUCCCCUACAGCCAGAGAGGGGGUCAACGGUGA